AUGCUCGGUCGUUCGAGGUUGGAAUGGUGUUUCAAGUAUCUUGUGAUUCAAACGUGUCUCCAAGAUCAAGAUAAACUGCAUGUCAACCGACAUUCCACUGCUGAGGAGGAGGAGGCUAUGCCGUUGCUUUUCUCAUCUCGUUUUGGGGUUCUUCGUCCAACAUUGGCUGCAAUGGAAUCCACUUACAAGGGCGGCAAACUGACUGGGCAUUAG